AUGAAAAGGAGAAAAUAUCCACCCUCUCUCUCUCUCUCUCUCUCUCUCUUUUAUAACGUCCAUUCCUUCUCUCUCUUCUUUCUCCUUCCUACCCUUCAAUACAUUUCCCUCCCUUAUUAUCUCUUUGAAACCUUUCUAUCGCUCUCAGUCAGAUUCUCUUUCUAUUUACAUGAAAAGGAGAAAAUAUCCACUCUCUCUCUCUCUCUCUCUCUCUCUCUCUUUUAUAACGUCCAUUCCUUCUCUCUCUUCUUUCUCCCUUCCUACCCUUCAAUACAUUCCCUCCCUUAUUAUCUCAUGAAACCUUUCUAUCGGUCGAUCUUUUUUAGCUCUCAGUCAGAUUCUCUUUCUAUUUACAUGAAAAGGAGAAAAUAUCCACUCUCUCUCUCUCUCUCUCUCUCUCUUCUUUCUUUAACGUCCUUUCCUUCUCUCUCUUCUUUCCCUUCCUACCCUUCAAUACAUUCCCUCCCUUAUUAUCUCAUGAAACCUUUCUAUCGGACGAUCUUUUUAGCUCUCAUCAGAUUCUCUUUCUAUUUACAUGAAAAGGAGAAAAUAUUUCACCUCUCUCUCUCUCUCUCUCUCUCUUUUCAUAACGUCCAUUCCUUUCUCUCUUCUUUCUCCUUCCUACCCUUCAAUACAUUCCCUCCUUAUUAUCUCUUGAAACCUUUCUAUCGGACGAUCUUUUUAGCUCUCAAUUCUCUUUCUAUUUACAUGAAAAGGAGAAAAUAUCCACCCUCUCUCUCUCUCUCUCUCUCUCUCUCUUUUAUAACGUCCAUUCCUUCUCUCUCUUCUUUUCUCCUUCCUACCCUUCAAUACAUUUCCCUCCCUUAUUAUCUCAUGAAACCUUUCUAUCGGUCGAUCUUUUUAGCUCUCAAAAAUAUCCACUCUCUCUCUCUCUCUCUCUCUCUCUCUCUCUUUUAUAACGUCCAUUCCUUCUCUCUCUUCUUUCUCCCUUCCUACCCUUCAAUACAUUCCCUCCCUUAUUAUCUCAUGAAACCUUUCUAUCGGAAAAUAUCCACCUCUCUCUCUCUCUCUCUCUCUCUCUCUUUUAUAACGUCCUUUUCCUUCUCUCUCUUCUUUCUCCUUCCUACCCUUCAAUACUUUUCCCUCCUUAUUAUCUUGAAACCUUUCUAUCGGUCGAUCUUUUUUAGCUCUCAGUCAGAUUCUCUUUCUAUUUACAUGAAAAGGAGAAAAUAUCCCCUGUUCUCUCUCUCUCUCUCUCUCUCUCUCUCUCUUUAUAACGUCCUUUUCCUUCUCUCUCUUCUUUCUCCUUCCUACCCUUCAAUACAUUCCCUCCCUUAUUAUCUCAUGAAACCUUUCUAUCGGUCGAUCUUUUUUGGCUCUCAGUCAGAUUCUCUUUCUAUUUACAUGAAAAGGAGAAAAUAUCCUUCUCUCUCUCUCUCUCUCUCUCUCUCUCUUUCAUAA